AUGACAAUCACGAUGUACACAAUAUCAGUGGUUUUCUGCUACUGCGACCAGCUCAUGCCAGAGUGCCAGACUGUGGCCCUCGGUGGCGUGGGCGGCCCCCGGGCGCUGAUGCUGAGCUACUCUGUCAAUGCCUCGCUUUGCUGUGUUCUUGCUCGCUGGUGGCACUCGGUGGCCUGGGCGCCCUCGGGCGCCCCGGGCCACGCCGGGGCCCGGCGCGGCGCCGCCGCGGCGGCCCAGGCUCCCGAGCCAAGCGGGCGCAGGGCGGCGCUCUCGUUGGCAGGCCUCGCGCUGGCGGCCGGCGCGCCGAGCCCCUCGGAGGCCUCCAACGGCGGGGCGCUCUGGUCGACUGACAAGUUCGACGGCUCCUUCACCGACGACAAGUACCCUUGCGAGGACUGCACCCGCACGAUCAACGCCGACGGUGGCUUCGGAAACAUCCGAGGGCGUGAUUCACAAGGUGGAGAUAUGUGGACGGGCCUGAUCGAGUACUCUAACAAGGACGUCGUCGCGUCGAUCGUCUAUGCGGACGAGGAAAAGGGGGAAAAGAAGCUGAAGGGCACUUGGUUUAGCAAAAAGGGUGAGAAGGGCAUCAAGUGGAACGACGGCUCGGUGUGGACGAAGAUGGAUUAUAAGAUCGCCGGCGGAUGA